UAUAGUUCUCUAGUAAUGAGUGAGAAAUCUGCAAAAUCAAUGGCAGUGAAACAAAGUGAUACACAAGAUGGAAUCAAAUGGAAAACCAAAGAGGAGAGUCCCAAAGCACAGAAACAGCUGCAAGUGGAGCGGCAGCUGAAAAGUUUAGCCUUUCAAAACCCCGGGCCCCAGGUGGCAGAUUUCAAUCCAGAGAAUCGAAUGCGGAAGAAGAAAGCGUGCAUGUCUCAGCUAAAUGGAUACUACUCCACAAACAAGGUAUCUAUAAAGAAGUAUGACAAGCAAGGCAAAUUGCUCUGCAAUAACUGGGAUCUGUGUGACUGCUUGGAAGAGAGUUGCCAAGGAUGCUUCUAUCCAUGCCCCAAAUGUAGCUCCACCAAAUGUGGACCUGAGUGCCGAUGCAACCGAAAGUGGGUGUAUGACAGAAUACAGGCAGAGGGUGGUAUUGUGAUAAGCAAAUUGCCCUUUUCUAUUCCCAACUAAUAGAAGUGUUCUGUAUAAUGUGUACUGGAACAUCCUCAUUCAGAUUGGCUUUAUGAGGAGCUGCAUUGCGCCAAACGCCUAAAACAUUAGCUGAAAUUAGCUUUUUUAUCAUGUAAAAAGUACAAGGAAUAUACUUUUCAUUAGCAAUAUUGGCUUAGUAGAGAUCCGGGGCAGCUAAACUCUGUUCUGUGCUGGGCAAGACACUAGUGGCAGCUGUCCCCUGUUCCAUAUGGUGCAGGAUUCCACAUACCCAGUACUUAACCAAGUCAAAAUUACUAUAGUAAAGUAUGUCCUGCACCAUCUGCUUGUAACCGUUCACAAAUUUAAAAAAAGGGGAUGACAACAUUUUAUUUCUUAACCUGGCAUGAUAAUGCCAAUAUGGAAAAAUAUAUCCGAUCUGUGUAGUGGUCCACACCCUACUAAACCCCUGUGGAAUGAACUGGAACACUUCUGACUGCCCAACAUCAAUGUCCAUCCUUACUAAUGCUCUUGUAGCUGAAUGGAAGCAAAUCCCAGCAGUAAUGUUCCACAUCAACUGGAAAGCCUUCUGAGAAGAGUAGAGGUUGUUAUAGUAGCAAAGGCAAGCACCAACUUCAUAUGAACAGCCUUAGAUAUGUAAUAUUAUGCUGGUCAUGCUUGUGUCUGGACACUUUUGGUAAUACAGUUUAAAAACAUUUCCUUUAGGAAUGAAGCACCAAGUGCACCCUUUGUUCUAACUGAUCUAAUGAGGCGUUUGACACUUGUAAAUUUGCUUGGAAGAUGGACUAAAGCAAAAACCCUUUGGCCAAUUGUUGUGCCAAGUAAAAGCAUACAUUCAUGUGCAUCAAUGACAAUUUUUGAGGAUGUUUACAUAUUUUGCACAUAUGUAUUGCAUUUCUAUGCUGCAAUUGUUGUUUAAUGAAUAUGAAUAUGUGUUGUAGGAAUUCAUG